ACCUAUUUUUUCAAGAACCCCAUAAUCACAUAUUCCCAAGAAUCUUCUCUUCCAUCAACAGUUUCACACUUGCUCUACUUGCCUCCCUUUCAAUACCAAACAACUUGCUCAACUUAAAACUCAUAAAAACAAUCCAUUCUUCUACUUGGUCUAAAUAUUCCAGUCUUUUUAUAAUCUUUAUUUAAUUAUUUUUAUAUUUUUGCCCCUUAACUUACCCCCUUAAAAUAAACAUGUGCAUUCAAGAUUUAGAGUCAGAGCAAGUGAAUGAAGGUAUGGAGAAUUUGGACAUUUCAAACACUGAUAACAAUUUCAAGAACCAAACUUUACAUAAAGAAGCUGAAUUUCAACGUACCCAAAUUGAGAAUUUGGAAAAAAUUACAUCUUCUAGCCCUUGUCUGAUGAGAAAUUCAUUACCAUUGGAAAGUAUUUCGGAAGACACAACUAUUGCAGAUCGGAAACAGAUACUCUUUAGUAACUUCCUCCCGACCCUUAGGUCUGGAGAUUGGUCCGAUAUUGGAGGUCGCCUUCACAUGGAAGACACUCACAUCUGUAUUUCGGACCUAGCUAAAAAUUUUGGCCAUAAUAUACUUGGUGAGGAUGCUAUUUCCUUCUAUGGAGUCUUUGACGGACAUGGAGGGAAAGGAGCAUCACAGUUUGUUCGUGACUACUUACCGAAGAUCAUUGUCGAGGAUGCUGAUUUUCCUCUGGAACUUGAGAAAGUGGUUACAAGAUCUUUCGUAGAGACGGAUGCUGCUUUUGCCAAGUCAUGCUCUGUUGACUCAGCUUUGUCCUCGGGCACUACUGCACUCACUGCAAUGAUAUUUGGAAGAUCAUUACUUGUGGCAAAUGCUGGUGAUUGUCGAGCAGUUGUAUCUCGACGUGGACUGGCUAUAGAAAUGUCAAAGGAUCACAGACCUUGUUGUGUUAUUGAAAGAACUCGCAUCGAAUCCGUGGGUGGAUUUGUUGAUGAUGGCUAUUUGAAUGGACAGCUAGGUGUGAGCCGGGCAUUAGGUGACUGGCACAUUAAAGGACUGAAGGAGGUCGAAAAGGGCGGGCCAUUGAGCGCGGAACCAGAACUGAAAUUGCUGACCUUGACAAAGGAGGACGAGUUCCUGAUUAUCGGUAGUGAUGGAAUAUGGGAUGUUUUCCUAAGCCAAAAUGCUGUCAAUUUUGCUCGGAGACGACUGCAGGAGCAUAACAAUGUAAAGCUAUGUUGCAAGGAAAUAGUAGACGAGGCAAAAAAACGCGGUGCCAUAGACAACUUGACAGUAGUUAUGGUCUGUUUUCACUCCGAGCCUCCACCUCCAAUUGUUUUUCAAAGAUCAAGAAUAAGGAAAAGUAUAUCUGCCGAGGGGCUUGAGAAUCUAAGAUCUUUGCUUCAAGGCUAAUAUCAUUUUUUGCAGCUAAACAACAGCGAUAAUGACGAUUACUUUGUUACUUGUGGACAACUUUGUAAAUACAUAAGAGGUAAGCUUAUGUUCUUUUUUUGUAAUUCUCCCAUUUAGACCUAGUCCAAGAUGAAAUAAAGCUUGAGGAAGAUAGAAGCAACCGAAGGGGCCAAAUUUUUGUACAUAAAUUAAACAAUAUUCUUCUAUUGUAUGGUUCCCUGACUAAAGGGAAACUCAAACUGAACCUCACCUUCUGGUGAGACAAAAUUGAACUGUUGGUUUGUUCCAA